AUGAGGCUCAAACAUAUUGAGAAUCACAUUGAGCAGCAGCUCGCACUCGCGGAAAUUAUAUCUCACUCUUACGAAAACCUUAUUAAAAAUGGAACCGAAAGUAUAACUCCGCAACGAGUAAAAACACGUCUUUCAAUUCUUAAAGAGAAUUGGGAACAGUUUUCUUUGGAACAUAAAGCUAUUAACCUAGCGGUCUCAGAGCUUACAGAAUUGGAUAAGAAUGCUAUAAAAGUUAAUCCUUAUUUUAUCAAAAAUCUGUUCAUCUCAACUCACGAAUGUUAUUCGGAGUCUAUUGAAAAAUUAAGUUUAUUGCUUGAACCAGAUCAAGGAAGUAUGCCUAGAACAUCGUCUUCUCAAUCUAUAUCGUUAACGUCUUUCAUUCCGUCAACCAACACAUCUACGUCGACGUCUUCCGCGACGCUUACUUGUCAUCACCGGACACGGCUUCCGCGACUAGAUUUGCCUAAAUUUAAUGGUACCCGAUCUGAUUGGUUAAACUUUAAAGGUUUAUUUUGUUCCCUAGUAUUAGAUAAUCCGACUUUAAGUCUAGUUGAAAAACUACAGUAUUUAAAAUUAAGUCUAAUUGGCCCUCCUGCACUCUUGUUGAAAAACACCUCCUUAGUCGCGGAAAAUUUUCAAAAAGCCUGGGACUCGCUAGUUGCUUAUUAUGAAAAUACAAGAUUAUUAUUGGAUUCUGCUUUACAAUCUUUAUUCGAUAUUAAACGCAUGACGAAGGAGUCGGCCGGUGAGUUAGAAAAAUUGUAUACUCAUGUGACUCAAAUCUAUAGAACUUUAGAGACAUUACAGAGACCAGUUUCUUAUUGGGAUGAUUUCCUAGUAUUUCUCGUUGUACAAAAACUUGAUUCCGAAUCGUUAAAACUUUGGGAACAACAUCUAGGUUCACGGAAGGAUCCCCCCACGUGGAAGGAGCUUUACGAUUUUCUUGUUGCCCGCUUGCUUACGUUAAAAGCAUGCGAGAAAAAACAAACGACGAAAAACGUCUCUUCGCCGGUUCAGAGUUUCUUACGUUCCCACUAUCAAGGAAAAUCAAAAAACAUCACGACUCCCAAUGUUAAAUGCCCUAUUUGUUCUGAGAUCCAUUAUGUAGUGGCCUGUCCCACUUAUUCGUUAAAGACUGUCCAACAGCGACUAGCCCUUAUUUCUAAGCAUAAAUUGUGUUUCAACUGUUUGGGAUCUCAUCGGUCAGCCGAAUGUCGUAACGUGAAACGUUGUCGGAAAUGUGGUGCUAAACAUCACACGUCAAUUCAUCCAGGAAAAUCUCAAGAUACCAAGACUAUCACACCCGCGUUGAAAUCCAAGGACAUCGAUGUUGUUAAAAUCACUGACUUUAUCCCGUCGUUGGUUGUUGAGAAUCAGGGUUGGACACAUUUAAAAGGAUUACAGUUAGCAGAUCCAAAUUAUCUGUCACCAGGUCCAGUAGACAUACUAGUAGGAGCAGAUACUUAUGGAAAAAUUAUCGACAAAGGUCUUAUUAAAGGUCCUUCGGAUACUCCCAUUGCGCAGCUUACAAAAUUUGGAUGGAUAAUUUCAGGACCUUCGCAAUCGAAUUUGAAAACAGUAAAUACACGUGGUUUUCACGUCUUUAUCGAGGAAAAUCUCUACAAUCUUCUCCAUCGGUUUUGGGAAUUCGAAGAAAUUCCGUCAACGAAAGUUUCAACCCUUUCCGCUGAGGAACAAGCGUGUGAAAACCAUUUUAAAUCUACCCACACUAGAGACAGAGAUGGAAGAUAUAUAGUGAGACUGCCCUUUAAAUUAUCGACUGAAAAACUUGGAGAUUCUCAAACGAAAGCUGUUCGACUAAUUAAAAGAUUAUUUAGUCAAUUUAAAACUAAUAAGGAUUAUGCAUCUGCUUAUUCAGAGUUCAUUGCGGAAUACGAACGUCUAAAUCACAUGCAACUAUGGUCAACACCUGAUUCAGACUACUUAUCCUAUUAUCUUCCACACCACGGGGUAUGGAGAGAGCAAAGUAUCACUACCAAACUACGAGUAGUGUUUAAUGCUUCGAGUCCAUCUUCUUCGGGAUAUUCACUUAAUGACUUACUUCAUACCGGUCCUAAACUACAAACUGAUUUGUUUGAUGUACUCAUAUAUUUUCGAUUAUUCCGUUAUGUCUUCUCCACUGACAUAGAAAAGAUGUUUCGUCAAGUGAAGAUGCAUCCUGAUGAUUGGAGAUUUCAACGUAUACUCUGGCUCGAUCAUAUGAAUGAACUUCGUACUUACCAACUCACAACAGUCACAUAUGGAUUAGCUUGUGCUCCAUAUCUAGCAUUACGCACUUUACAACAGCUUGCAGAAGACGAAGGUUCACGUUUUCCUCUAGCGAUUACAUCCUUAACAAAGGGACGUUAUGUAGAUGACAUUUUUGGAGGAGCUGACUCGAUUGAGCAAACUAAGGAAAUCGUUACUCAACUUAACCAACUUUGCAUGGCGGGCGGCUUUAACCUUCAAAAAUGGUCAAGCAAUCAAGUAGAAGUAUUAACCGAGAUCCCUGAAAAGAAUCGGAUUGCACAUUUUACGGUUAAUAUCAAAGAUAACGUAGCUGUAAAGACUCUCGGUUUACAUUGGAUAACAACAACGGAUACCUUUCAAUUCACCUUUAAUCUUUCAAUUCCGGACGUUAUUACAAAAAGAGUUAUUCUAUCCAACAUUGCUAAGUUAUUCGAUCCUCUGGGGUUUCUCGCACCUGUAAUUAUUACUGCAAAGAUUUUCAUUCAACAGCUCUGGUCAAAUAAAUUAGGUUGGGAUGAUCCUUUACCAGAAGCCCUAGCAUUAAAGUGGACGAAUUUUGUAAUGAGUCUCCAAGACACUCCUCGUCUUACGUUCCCAAGAUGGAUCGGAUACAUGUCUGAUCUAAAAAUUGAGUUACACGGAUUUUGUGACGCGUCUCAACAAGCAGUGGCAGCGGUUGUUUACAUACGAACUGAAAAUCAAAAUAGAGAAAUAAAAACUGCGUUAUUAUGCUCGAAAACAAAGGUAGCUCCAUUGAAGAAGUUGACGAUACCUCGAUUGGAAUUAACAGGAGCUGUGUUACUAACCAAGUUAGUUUCACAUGUGUUAAAAGUACUAAAUCUAAAAAACGUGCCCCUUCUCCUGUGGACUGAUUCCACAAUCACCUACACGUGGCUGAAUCACCACCCUUAUCGUUGGAAGGAUUUUGUUCAUAAUCGAGUCUGUUACGUACAAGAAGUUUUGCCUCAAGCAGUAUGGAAGUUUGUCCCAGGAGUUGAGAAUCCAGCAGAUCUUGCCACACGAGGUUUAACCCCCAACCAACUGUCACAGAUGUCGUCAUGGUGGACAGGACCACACUGGCUCACUUUAUCACCUUCAAGUUGGCCCACGGUAGUUCCAUCACAUUCUUUCGAAAAAGGGUCCUUGGAAGAAAGACCUACUAAAGUGACCUCAAAUACUAUCAACACUGUUCACUUGUGGGAUCUAAUAAACCGAUACUCUAGUUUAAUGAAAUUGUUACGAAUCACAGCAGUAUGUAAGCGUGCUAUAUCUUGUUUUAAGAAAAAACCGGAUUCGUCUCUGUCAAACCCACUUUCAACUACGGACUUGGAAAACGCGAGGCUAUUUUGGGUCAAGCUAAUUCAACAAUCCUAUUUCAGUCAACAAAUUAAACUCCUUUCAAGAGGACUUUCGUUGUCCGCAUCUGAUCCACUCUUAAAAUUGACUCCUUUUCUCGAUUCUUCAGGACUUCUCAGAGUGGGAGGUCGUCUACAAUAUUCACUACUACCCUCCUCAACAAAACAUCUACUAAUCCUACCGAAGGAGUCGCCAUUAUCAACCCUAAUUAUCGCCGAUGCUCAUUCUCGUACUCUACAUGGAGGUACGCAACUCACUCUUAAUUAUAUCCGAAAUGAUUAUUGGAUAGUAGGCGGAAGAGUUCCUGUACGUGCAUUUAUUUUCAAAUGCGUUAGAUGUACUCGUUAUAGACAAAAGCGAGCUCAACAGUUAAUGGGACAACUCCCUGUGGAAAGAGUUACACCAACUCGCCCAUUUCUUCAUUCUGGUGUCGAUUACGCUGGACCCUUUGUAUUGAAAACGUGGAAAGGACGGAAUCCUCGCACUUACAAAGCUUAUAUUGCUUUAUUUGUUUGUCAUUCUACUUCAGCAGUUCAUUUGGAACUAGUUACAGAUUACUCUGCCGAAACCUUUAUUGCCGCAUUCAAAAGAUUUACUGCAAGGAGAGGAAUAUGUUCUACAUUAUCGAGUGAUUGUGGUACGACGUUAAAAGGAGCCGAUGCGGAACUGCAAAGACUGUUCAUCAAGACCACGCAAGAAUCAGAAAAAUUAGCGACAUUACUGGCGAACGACGGAACUCAAUGGAAUUUUAACCCCCCCGCAGCACCUCAUUUCGGAGGAAAGUGGGAAGCAGGAGUUAAGUCCGUCAAGUACCAUCUUCAUCGAGUGAUCAGAGAUACAUCUCUUACAUAUGAGGAAUUGUACACACUUCUUACUCAGGUGGAAGCUACAAUGAAUUCAAGACCUCUUAGCGCACUCUCUGAAGAUCCCGAAGAUCUUAACGCUUUGACUCCUGGUCAUUUUAUCAUGGGUUGUGCACCAUCCUUAAUUCCUGAACCAUCGCUGGAAACCGUGAAAUUGUCACAUCUUUCGAGAUGGCAACUCAUCCGGCAAAUGUUGGACAGUUUCUGGACUCGGUGGUCGAAAGAAUGUCUCCAACGUUACUACGCACGAUACAAAUGGAACAAAGUAGUUCCAUCCUUGACUGUUGGGAAUUUAGUUCUCGUAGUAGAUGAACGGUACCCACCAGCAAAAUGGCCAUUAGGACGCAUUAUUCAAACUCAUGAGGGUAAAGACGGUCUAACUCGAGUUGUCACUGUACGUACUCAGACAUCUAUUUUAAAGAGGCCUAUCGUGAAGGUGUGCCCACUACCGAUAGACGUACCCACUCUGUAA